AUGGAGCCCCCCAGCAAUGAAGCAAUAGAGCAAGGAAACUGUGCUGCUGAGAAUGAAUCGGGCAUUCUUGCCAGCUCAAACCUGCUGAAGCACGAGCAGCUCCAUGCCGGGGUGAAACCUCACCUGUGUGCCGAAUGCGGCAAGCGUUUUGCUCAGCGCUCAAACCUUCUCAUUCACCAGAGGAUUCACACUGGGGAGAUGCCUUACCUGUGCUCCGAAUGCGGGCAGACAUUCAGGCAGCACCGGAGUCUGCUCAUCCACCAGAGAUUUCAUAGAGGGUAUCUCCUUUCUGGCUAUAACUGCCCCGAGUGUGGGAAAAGUUUCAUGCAGAGCUCCGACCUGGUGAAACACCUGAGAAUCCACACUGGGGAGAUGCCCUACAGUUGCCUACACUGUGGGAAAAACUUCCGCUAUGUCUCCAACCUCAACCGGCACAACAGAACCCACACGGGGGAAAAGCCGCACGCUUGCCGGCAAUGUGGUGAAUGCUUCAGCCACUUGUCCAGCCGAAACAUGCACGAGAGGAUCCACACGGGCGAGAGGCCCUACGAAUGUGCCGAAUGUGGAAAGAUGUUCAUUUCCAGCUCAAAGCUUGCACGGCACCUGAGAACCCAUGCCAAUCAAGUGUCUUACAUUUGCACAACGUGUGGGGAAAGCUUUGGUCAAUAUUCAAACCUUCUGAAACACAAACCGCUCCACAAAGCUCGGAGCUCUGGCUCAAAAGGAAAAGGGACGUGA